ACCCUUUUAGAAAACAAAGAACAAAAAAAAGUUUUAUUAAUUUUUAAAUAACCCAGGAUAUUAUUUUUAUUUGACAUUUUCCCUCUUUUUCUAUAUUGUUUUAUAUUUAACAAGAAAGAAAAAAAACAAGUUUUGUCACAGUAGUUUACCGUUGGUGCUAGAAGAUAGUUGGAAGAGUCUUGUAAAAUCUUCGUAUUGUCUAUACGGAACCUUCUAAAGUUAUGGAUGAAGUCUGGAUUCUCUCUGUGUGCCUCACCUUGUUAGGGUUUUUUAUUUUUGUCCUUUCUAUGAAGCCCAAGCCCACACCAGAGCUCGAAAGCAUUGUGAAAAAGCCUUCUCCGGCUGCGGCGUACACCAGUUAUGGAGGCAAACGUCUGGAGAUGCAUGAAGAUGAUUUGGAGAAGAUAAUGGCCAGGUUGACGAAUGUAUUGUACGAGCCCGAGGUAAAGAAGAGAGAGGUGCCUCAGGAGAAGAGAAAAACAUCCCCCCGUGAGACAGCAGAAGAAGAUGCCGGGCAUGGAAGUGAUAAUGAAAAUGCCAAUGAAACCCAAGAACCGGUGGGCAACUUGCCAUCGCAGUCCCAGUCUGCCUAUCAGCUGAGCCGUCAUAGGGUUCAGGAAAUGUCAUCUCCAUCUGAUGGUGUGGAGAAUAUCAUGGAUGAGAUUGAACAAGCUGUGCAGGAGACAGUGGAGCCAGAUUACUAUAGCAGGCGCCGGCAGCACCAAACUGGAUCUCGGAGACAAUGGUCUGAGAUAUCAGGACGCGUUGAUACGGACAGCAUAUGAAAAGACUACGCACUGAGGCUUUGCAGAAGUCGUGACCACAUCCUGUUAGAAUCACUUGAUCAUCUCAACCUGACCUAUUAAAGAUUAAUCAUCUAGUGUGACUGCUUCAAAAGUCAAAGCCUCACCGAGCUAUGUGUGUCUCCUUUGGCUCAUUGAACCUUCAGGAUUAAAUCCCCCAUUGAUGCAGCUUAUCUCCUGUUUGGUAAAGGGAAUUAGUCAUUGAACAUGCACAGUCUUAUUUCUGUUAAGCAUGUAACUCAGUGUUGGCUAAUUUUUGGAACUCCAGCUUAAGUGUCUGUACAUCAUGUGAAAUGUAAGUGUGAGAACGGAUUGGGGAAUUACAAAUUUAGGCCAAAAUUGUCAGCUUGGAAAAAUGUAGUAUUUUUCCACUUGGUCUAAAAAUUGCAAUUCACUUCUGCACAAUUCCUGGUUUAAUGAAUAAAUACCUUUCGCAUACAAGCUUUACAGGCUAA